GAAAAAUCUCGCUGUUGAAUUGGGGCACUGAAAUCUUCGCCUAUGGGCGGCUGUUCCUCUGCUUACCAGUCAACACCCACAUGCACUCUCUUCCAAGGCAGAGGUGCCUCACGCUUCUCUUCCUCAAAACGCUCGCCCCAAUCCACUUCCAGCAAAUCCAUGCACAAUUGAUCACUAACUCCCUUAACUCACCUACUCUUUAUGCCAAACUCAUUCAGCUCUACUGCUCCAAGCCAUCCCCGCUAUCCUCCCGAAUUUCCUACUGUUUGUUCUCUCACUUUCAGCCCCCUAACAUCUUUCUUUUCAACACGUUGAUACGUUGCACUCAACCCCAACCCUCCCUUAUUCUUUUUGCCGACUGGGUUCCUAAAGGUCGCUUGUUUUUUGAUGAUUUCACUUAUGUUUUUUUACUGGGGUCUUGUGCAAGAUUUUGUUCACUUUCAACUUUGUGGCUUGGUAGACAGAUACAUGGACGUAUGGUGAAGCAUGGUUUUAUGUUGAAUGUUUUGGUGUCAACUACUUUAAUUCAUUUUUAUGCAAGUAAUAAGGAUAUAAUCUCUGGUAGAAGAGUGUUUGAUGAAAUGACUGUGAGAAGUAGUGCUACAUGGAAUGCUAUGUUUACAGGUUAUUGUUCUCAGAGCAAAAAGGCUAAAGACUCUGCAUUUGAUGCGUUGGUGCUGUUCAGGGAGAUGUUGGUUGGUAUUAAUGGAGUGAAACCUAAUGAUACUACCAUCCUUUGUGUUCUUUCAGCUAGUUCUCUACUUGGUGUGCUUGAAAUUGGUGCUUGUGUUCAUGGGUAUAUAGAGAAGACUAUUUACUUGCCUGAGAAUGAUGUGUUUAUUGGUACUUGUCUCGUUGAUAUGUACUCAAAAUGUGGGUGUCUUGACAAUGCUUCAUUAAUUUUUAGGUUGAUGAGGGAAAAGAACGUAUUGACUUGGACUGCAAAGGCAACUGGAUUGGCUAUUCAUGGGAAAGGAAAUGAAGCAAUGAUGCUAUUGGAUUCAAUGAGAGCUUGUAGUGUCAAGCCUAAUGCAGUGACUUUCACUAGCUUGUUUUCUGCUUGUUGCCAUUCUGGCCUGAUUAAAGAGGGACUUCAUUUGUUUAAUAACAUGAAGACAAAAUUUGGCAUUGAGCCUAAUAUAAAGCAUUAUGGCUGCAUUGUCGAUCUUCUUGGCAGGGCUGGGCACUUAGAAGAAGCAUAUGAUUUUAUAAUGGGGAUCCCAGUUAAAGCUGAUGUAAUCUUGUGGAGGAGUCUGUUGAGUGCUUGCUAUGUUCAUGGGAAUGUUGUGAUGGCUGAGAAGGUCGGGAAGAUCCUCCUCCAGCUACAGCCAGAGCUGACUUCUUCAGAUAUGUCAGUGACUAGUGAGGAUUAUGUAGCUUUAUCAAAUGUUUAUGCUUCAGCUGAAAGAUGGCUCGAAGUGGAGAGUGUCAGAAGGGAAAUGAAUGUUAAAAAGAUAGAAACUGAACCAGGUAGUAGCUUAGUUCAAACUAUUAGAGAUUAUGCCUAGGAUAGGUUGUAGAAAUAGAACCCAGCUUGCAAUUUCAGCACCUCAAUCUGAAGAUUUCAAUAGGACUGUGAAGAUUGAAAAGAUACUGGAAGGGAAACAUCGUGUUGUAGAGUGUGCUAAAGUGACAACUUAAAAAUUGAUUAGUGGGAGAUGCUGUGCAGGGGUUGGAGAAGUAGCAUAGGCAAGACCGCUGUGAUUUUCCGUUUGAUGUAAGGAAAACUGUCAGUGAUCAAUUCCGCCAAUGAGGACCAAAGUAAACUUCAAAGCGUUGAUGGAGUCUUGCCAUAUCAGUGAAGUAUUCACUUGAUAUAAACAAAAUGCCUAGGGAUCAAUUUCUCUGUGGGAUUGCAAAUGCUGAAGCCUGCAAGUAAACUUCAAAAGCACUGUUAAAUUGUUGAUAAACUACUCCUCGUAGCAGGAAAUGGCAGAGAGUAAAAGCUAUCCCAAUGGAUCAUAUCGAUGGGGGUGAUAUGUGCACUGAUGCCUUGAAUUCAAACCAGUUUAUGUGAAGUUAUUCCAUUUUAAUUUAUAAAGCACUCCAUCCUGUAAACCUCUCUCACUAUAUCAUCUAUAGAACAGCGAUUGUGUUUCUCA